CGUAAUCAACAUUGACUCGCCAUUUCGACGACUGCCUUGUGCCGAGAGAGAAGCAGCAGCAGCGAACAGGUUAUCGAUUCUUUUGGUUGUGGGGAUCAAGAGCGCAUAAAAUUCUCUAAGCUCAUUUCUGCCGGAGAUACUUCGACGGAGCAAUAUGGAUGCAUUAUUUUCUCCUCAUUCAAUAAAUGUUAUUGGCUAUGCAUUGAGGAAAGAGUUUCUGUGGCUAGCUGCGGUCUUUUCAGGGAUUGUCAUGUGCCGUGCUGUGUAUAAAAUAACGGGUCUCAUUAGUCUUUUAUGCUUCAAUGGGUAUACGAAACUCAGGAACAUGGACAAAGUAGAAUGGAAGAACCGGGGAUUCUCGACAUUCCAUGCAAUUGUUGCAUCGUCUGCUUCUCUAUAUCUCCUGCUGUUCUCAGAUCUCUUCAAAGAAGAUUCUCAUGACCAAUUAGUCAUCAAUAGGACAUCAACCGUAUCAGAGACAAUACUGGGGGUCUCUAUAGGUUAUUUUCUGUCAGACUUGGCAAUGAUUGUUUGGCAUUUUCCAGCUCUUGGUGGUUGGGAAUAUGUUCUACACCACGGAUUAUCCAUGUUUUCCAUCUUUCUUUCCCUUGUAAGCGGUCAAGGCCAAAUAUACAUACUUAUGGUUUUGUUUUCAGAGAGCACAACCCCGUUUGUCAAUCUAAGAUGGUACUUGGACAUUGCAGGUCAGAAGAGUUCUAACCUAUACAUCUGCAAUGGCAUCUUUCUGUUCCUGGGGUGGUUGGUUGCAAGGAUUCUUCUCUUCCUCUUCUUUUUCACCCACAUGCUUAUUUACUUUGACCAGGUGAAACAGAUUUUUGACUUGGGUUUCUACAGUUUGCUUUUGGUGCCUCCUGUUUUGGCAAUUAUGAACCUAUUUUGGUUUUGGAAGAUUGCCAAGGGUCUGGUGAAAACUGUGUCUAAAAAGAGACAUAAGCAGUGAUCUGACCAUUGUAUUGUACAUGUAAACCACCUUCUCUCUGUAUCUAGAAGAAUAUUGAGAUUCCUUGUCAAUAUAAUGCUUCAUACAACAAUGAAUAUUACCCUUUCGUUCUCAUUUUA